CUUGAAUUUGUCGAUUAAAGAGCCUUCAUCAGAUUCCAGGAUUCUACGGCGCCGUCCUGGCUGCGUUAUUCGAUGUGUGGGCUCGGGCAGCCUUGGCAGCCAGCCUCGACGAGCAUUGCCGUCUUCGACCACUUCUUCCAGCCGGAGCCUGAUCCUCUUAUAUUCAACUUAACCUAUAGAAUUAGAUGGAGACUCGAUGACUGGGCACUACCUUUCAGUCCCGGCUUUGACCAUUUUUUCGAACCCAAAGCUAAUGGCGUUAGAUUCAUGCUGAGUAAAAAAGAAUGGAUAGUUUUAGCAGCGCAUCUCUACUGCGCUGCAGUCGUCAUCUUCGCAUUUGGCCAUGGUCUAUCCCUCCCCUUGUACAUUUCUAAAUUCCACGCACGCCUGUUGAAGCAACCACCACCUCAACGUAUAUGGAGCAUAAUUGGCCGUAUCUGGGAGAAUCUCGAUCCAUUCAUGUCUCGAUGCAGAUCGAUGAGCAGGUUCUGCAAGGCAUUCAGUGUUAGUCUUCUGGUAUGGGCAUAUUUCCAGUUAGUCUUUGCGCAUUUACGCCACGAAAUUUUCCCUGCUUCUUCUGUGCGAAUUGUCGACUACAACUUCAUCCUCAAGUUUAUUGCCGUGGGAUGUUGUUUUCAGGCUGCGUGUGAAGAUCUUGAGAGCAACCUUAUCCGAUUGCUGAAUCCGAAAUAUGUCAACCUCCUCAAAAAGUUAUGGUUACUUCUCAACUGGAUGACUAUUGGCUUCAGAUGUGUUGACUUCGUUCCAUCGGACUUGAGCUGGGCAAUGGAUCGCAUUACCGCCGCUCACACCUUUCGAGCCAUCUCGCGCCUCAUAAACUUUCGGUUUGGACUUCAGGUGCAGGAGAGGACUGUGCUACCAAGAAGCUGGUGGAACUGCCGCUUUGAAUUGAAGCCCUACAAUCCUUGGGCGUUCUCCCAAAGAAAUAAUGAUGUUGAGCGACUAGGAUUCGACGCCUUUAAGUUUAUCCCUUUUGGGUCACCCCCCCUCCAUUAUUACUGGUACUUUGUCCCGGUUCUUUCUGCUGUGCCAAUCACAAUUGCAGUAUCCAUCUGGGCAGGUGAUAAACACAUUCUGCUCUCUAUUUGGAAUCUCGCACUACUUUUCGCAAUGGUUCCUGUUCUAUCAACUACGGUAACAGUUAUCCACUCCUCCAAUCGAUACCACGAUUUGGACAAACAAAGUCUGAUCUGGUUCCUCUUCGUGAUGAUGAACAUUCUUUUCACAUUUUGCAACGAUUCCAAUGACCCACUUGGCUCAAUUUGCCCUGGAACAGAGAAGUAGUUAUGGCUGGUCAAAUAUCAAGUAAGUGUUCUGUGGAGUUUCGAGAUCUGAAAAGU